AUGGUUACUUUGGUGAAGACCCGGCGAUCUAUGAGGUCAAAGGCCGAAACGUCGGGUCCGUCCACCCCGCAUGACGAUCAGCUAGUCGCUACGACUAAUACCCAUAAGGACAGCGAUAAAUCCCUAAGAAUACUCGAUAUAGCAACAUCAUGUUUCCCCCCUAUCCCGCAAGGCGCAGAGCUAUCAUCACUACAAAAGCUAGUCUUAAUCCCCCGUGUUGAACCAGGGCUUCACAUCCCAUUCGCACGUGCCUGGGCGCCAGAAUUGGCAAACCACACCGUCACCCCGGAGGAUUUAUUAGCAUGUAUCGACAAUCUUAAUACCCUCAUUAGACCUCCUAUAGCCGGUCGUGCGGCUCUGGUCGCAGCCUUUGCUGUUGGAUUCAUUCCUUACAACGGAACUGAUGGAAUCGCCGCUGCGUUGGAACUAGCAGUAAGCAUUGGAAUGGCUAUCGUAAAUCAUAGACGGUGCAAGAAGUAUUCCAGCAUCAUGAACGAGAAAUACUUCCAUCCUCGCAAAUUACACGUGGUGAUUAUCAGUUCUAAGCGGAUAAUGAAGAUGUUUAACCACGACAAGAAAGAGACCUUAUUGGCCCCCCUUACUGAAGAAACCCUCGAUUUAAGCAGUCAGGAAAGAUGCAUUAAGUACAUGUCCAGGUGGGCGUGCGAACUGUCAUUCGACGACCUCCCUCCUCCAAGCGGGCGGACGACCGUGCUUGCUCGAAUGGCUGCGUGGGAAGUCAAGCACAAGAUUGCGAAAGCUGAGAAGCAGGCUAAAAGAAGCAGAAAGCUGGCUUGGAAGAGGCAUUUGAAGGGCAAGAAGCUCAAGGAUUGCUGGCUGGAACGUGGUAGGGCUAAAUCUCUAGAUUGGAUUCUAAUUCAAAAUUUAGAUGAGUGGGAAGCGGCGCGGGCCGAGAAGGAGGCUAAAAAGGCGGCCAAGAAUGAGAAGAAGCAGAGCUCUCGGUAA